UUUUAAUCCAUAUGGUUAUAUGAGGAGUGGUUUGAUAAAUGUUUUGUUUUAGGAAAAGAUUUAAAAAAAAUAAAGGCCUGUUUCUCAAUAAUGCACAUAUUAAAUUUGAUACACAUGUUAAAAAGCAAAUAAAUAGACAACUACCAGAUAUACCAUCAGUUAAGCUUCUGGAAUCAGAUGUAUUACAUAAUGCUGAUAUAAAUACUCUGGAACCUAUUACUUCUAUAAUUGAAUCUUCUUUUAAAAAUAGCAAAAAAAAUUGUGGUCAAUUAUAUGCCUCAUUAUCAGAAUGCUAUAUUCCUAAAUAUAAAAGGGCAACAAAUAGUUCCAAUUUCUACCAAAAUGUUGAACAAGACAAAUAUUACAAGACUAUAAACAAUACCUACCAACAACCAUCAACCCACCAUUACACCCGCCCCGAUAAACUUAGCGAUGUUAAUAAAGGAAAGAAUUUCUUUCAAACACUCUUCAGAAAGGGGAAAAAAAAGACCAAACCUAAAAUCAUUAGUGAAUACCAAUUUUUACCCCAAAGUAUCCAUCUGCAUCAUUCCUCUCACCCAAUCAGUGAUGAUUAUGACACGGUUCAAAAUGACAACAAUGACCGAUUGACCCAUAAAAGUCAAGUGACGUCUGACCAAUCGAAAUUUCCAGUUGCUUUAAUCACUUCUACAGUAAGCGAUUCUCAGUAUGAUGCCUACGAUUUGGUAAAGGAAGACAGGGUCGAAAGUGGGGAUUACGGUAAAGUGCAAUACAAAUCCGAAGCCUUUUUACCUACAACAUCUUACCAUAUAAAGGCCGAUACCAAUCGAAACAUAAACACUCCAUAUCCUUCGAUCUUAAGAGACUCAUCACGCAAACACAUUACGAACAACCCAGACUACCGUAAAUCUUGCAUGGAUUACUAUGGUCUACCUUCCCAAUCUCACAUUUCACACAAAGGUAUCAAAAGCCACAGAAGACAGAAAUCUGCCUUUUCCGCACUCGACCGAAAACAAUCCACUCCUCCACCUUUACCGGUUCGAUCCUUCAAAAACUCCGAAAACGCGAAUUUUCUAGCGCCGCCACAUUUGAACUCGCUCACGACGACCCCUACGAUCGCCAUAUCUUAUGCAUCCUCCAGGGACGACGUCAUUAUGGCGAAUACAACGCGUAGCGAUGUAAUAUUUCCCUUGGAUAACAAUCAUUUGGUCAAUUUAAAUAAUUCCAAUUCAUAUAAUAAAACCUACGAACCUAUUCCACUAUACAGCUUGAGGAACGGGGAUGAGCCUCAAACCACUUUUCACAAAAAGUUGUUAGACAGGAUCAAAGAAGAAUCAUAUGCCGACAUCAUUGUACGUUUGCCUAUAUCUCGUUUGAUAGGCAUGCUUACGGAAAAUCACUCUUUAUUUAACCAAAGACCCAGCAACGAAUAUAAUUUUCACUAUUACGAUUAUUUGAUAAGCAAUGCUGCUUCCCACACUCCUCCGGGUCAUAUGUACGAUAGAAUUGAUUACUAUUACAUUUCCAAUAUCGUUUCUCGGUCUGCCCCCCAAAAUGGUUCUCUCUACGCCCAACAUCACACUCGUAAUCAUCUCGCGUCAUCUAUCCAUCCCAUAUACCAGCCGGCUCCAUGUAUUAGUCACGUGUCUAAUAACCUACCCAUCAGUAACGAAAACAAUAUCAUAUAUUCGGUAAUUACUUCUACUAGUCCAUCCUCUUACUCCUUCAACCCUUGUGGAGUUGUAUACUCGAUUCCCAAAACCAAGAUCAGUUAUUCGCAGAACGAACCAACUUCGACAUAUGCCGCAAAUGACCAAGGCUCCACUUUUUACGAUGUACCUUAUUGUGGCUCUGUGGAUUCAUCUUACUUGCCAUCUAACAUUCGCAUCUACGCUCGACCGGCAUCUAUCCAUCUCGAUCAUCCUAUUAAUCAAUACACCCUUGACAAAGAGGUAGGAAACAACCAUAAUUAUUAUUACUAUCCUUACUCUAGGAACAUUUUGCUGGAGAAUAGUAUUUACACACUAGACAAAAAUAGUAUCAAUAAUUGUCCGUUCAACAUUAACGAUUUAGACGAAGUUAAUGAUAAAAAAUUGGAUACAGAUCCAAAAGCACGGCAAAGUUCGCCUAAUCACGAUAGUAAUAUCAUUACCACGCAAAAGCCGCGUAUAAGCCCCAAACCCGUGAAAGAUCAUGUUUACCAAGAGAUAAAUACCAGGAGUAUUCCAGAAGAACCAUCAACAUAAAGAAUGCAUCACUGAAUGUUGUAUAAAAUAUAAUUGCAAAUAAUGUCUAAACGUUGUACUUUUAAAAUCUCGUUAUUUAGAUUGUAAUGUGUUUUCUAAAUAUCAAAUGUGAGGGUAAAUUGUGUAAUUAAAGUAAAAUUCCUAAAUUAGAAAAUCGCGGGACUUGAAAAGUUGCAAUUAUUUUCAUGUAAUAAUUAUAUAUAUAGUUCUAUUUAAAGUCUUAAUUAAUAUAUUUUUUAUAUCCAUAUUGUCAAUGUCCAUUAAUUCCGAAAAGACUUUAAUCCUCAUACUGAGUUAUAUUUUUUUUAUUCAUUUUUUUGCUCAAUAAUUUUUAAUGACCUUUUUUUGAGUUCAAAAAAGGAAUUUUUUUUUCAUUAUAUACAUUUUUAUGGAUUCGUUUAUAGAAUAUUUUUUAAGUAUUGUAUCCUAUUAUCUAUAAACAGCUAAUUAUGUCAUUUUAAUCUAAUAAUAAGGGUAUAUUUUUUUUUAAAUUUAAAGGCGCU